AUGGGUUCUAAUUCAGGGGAGGAAGCAACGACACCAGGCUCUACAGGCUCUACGGGAAAUGAGGAGAGAAUUCUUGUUUCUGUUCGCGUGCGACCGUUGAAUGAUAAGGAGCUGGCAAAAAAUGAUCUGUCUGAAUGGGAAUGCAUUAAUGAUACUACCAUCAUGUACAGGAGCAACCUUUCCUCUUCUGAAAGGUCUCUGUAUCCAACAACUUAUACAUUUGACCGAGUUUUUAGGACUGAUUGCCCCACAAGGCAGGUGUAUGAAGAAGCAUCUAAGGAGGUAGCUCUAUCUGUUCUCAAUGGAAUCAACUCUAGCAUUUUUGCAUAUGGACAAACAAGCAGUGGAAAGACAUAUACCAUGAGUGGUAUAACUCAGUAUGCUAUAACUGACAUUUUUAAUCACAUAGAAAAGCACAAAGAAAGGGAAUUUGUUUUGAAGUUUUCAGCAAUGGAGAUCUACAAUGAAUCUGUCAGGGACCUCCUUAGUACCGACACCACACCUCUCAGACUUCUUGAUGAUCCAGAGAAAGGCACAGUUGUUGAGAAACUCACUGAGGCAACUUUGCGUGACUGGAACUAUUUUACCGAACUUAUUUCUUUCUGUGAAACACAACGUCAGAUAGGAGAGACAUCUUUGAAUGAAGUCAGCUCCAGAUCACAUCAAAUUCUAAGACUGACUAUUGACAGUUCUGCAAGUGAAUUUGUGGCAAAUGACAAAUUGAGCUCUCUUUCUGCUUCUGUGAAUUUUGUUGAUCUUGCUGGAAGUGAGCGAGCAUCACAAACUAAUUCAGCUGGUACAAGGUUGAAGGAGGGAUGUCACAUAAACCGUAGUUUACUGACUCUAGGGACUGUCAUCCGCAAACUCAGCAAGGGGCGAAAUGGACACAUCCCUUUCAGAGAUUCAAAACUAACCCGCAUACUGCAGUCCUCAAUAGGAGGCAAUGCUAGAACAGCAAUCAUAUGUACCAUGAGUCCUGCACGAAGCUAUGUUGAGCAAACCAGAAACACCCUCUUAUUUGCAUGUUGUGCUAAAGAAGUGUCAACUAAUGCAAAAGUCAAUGUAGUGAUGUCUGAUAAAUUGUUGGUCAAGCAAUUGCAAAGAGAGUUGUCUAGGCUGGAAGGCGAGUUGAGAAAUUCAAGCUCAACCCGCCGUAAACCUGAUUCUGCAGAGUUGCUGAAGGAAAAAGAUCUCCAAAUUGAGAUGUUAAAGAAAGAGAUAAUGGAUCUGGCUAUGCAGCGAGACCUUGCCCACUCUCAAAUUACUGACAUGCUUAAAGUGGUUGGAGACGAUAUGUCCUCAACUGAUAUGGAAAGCUUGGGUCCUCUGUAUCCCAAACUACGUGUGCGAUGCUCAAUGGACUUUGAUAAUCAAAUAGAGGAACCAAAUAUAUUAGGUUUUGACACCUUGGAGACUGUUAGAUCUUUUGAUGCUUCUCAAUAUUCAGAUGGACAUAGUGUAAGCUCCGAAGAGAACUAUUUCCAGCUCCCUGAUUUGGAAAAGAAUCUUCCCAUCAGGAUUUCUUCUCAAGCGAUGUCAGUUGUAAGUCAUGAUGAUGAAACAAAUGAUUUGGAUCAGAAGAUAGUUCAAGAACAGCCCAAUGAUGAAUUAGAAGACAGUUGUAUGAAAGUUAGGUGCAUUGUGUCAGAAGAUCCAAUUACAAACACGGAUACACUUUCAAAUCCAGCAAGUUUGAGUCCAAAUAGAGACACAGACUCGAAUGCAUCAUCUCUGGGGGAAAAUAUGGUUGUCUCAGGAUUGACGGAAGUUGACAACAUAGACAAAGAAAAUCAAGACAUGUGCUCAUCUCCGGGGGAAACUACAGCUGUCUCAGGAUUGACAGAAGUUGUUAAUAUCGACAAAGAAAAUCAAGACUCGUGUUCAUUUGGGUUAAAGGAAAGAAAAGAAUUGAAUCGCUUUCACCAACGUUCUUUUCUACCGUCAUACGAGAAAAUAAGUCCAUGGAUGGUAGGAACAAGUGUAUCUAGUUCUAGAAUCUUGAAAUUGACCAGAAGCAGAAGCUGUGAAGCAAGUCUCAUGAAGGAUUCAUCAUCCGAUUGGUUUGACCUGGAAGAAAUAAUUCAGAAAACCCCUCCAAUAGGAACCUAUAAAGACCAGAUUAGAAGACCAGAGGGAUAUGAUAGGAGGACCUAUACAAUAAACUAUAAUCCCAAUGCUGAGAGGUUAUCCUGGUCUGGUUUUGGGCAUUGUGUGAGAUGUUCUACAGUUGACAUGCAGAACCAGAAACCAUCAUUUGAUAUGGAAAUUGAUGAUGGUGAUUUAUCUCCGGUAAGAAGGGAAAAGAAAGAACGUGGAAGAUCAAAACCACCGCCUUACCAUAAGGUUCCGGGGACUGGAGUUGAGUCCACUGUUCCUGCCAAAAAGUUCAAAGAUGUUGGGUCGAACACAUUGCAAUCUGAUGAAGAAAAACAUUUGGAAUGGUCUUCUGAAUUUAAGCGGCUGCAGAAAGAGAUCAUCGAACGCUGGCAUUCUUGCAAUGUUUCAUUGGUACACAGAACUUACUUUUUCCUUCUAUUCAAAGGGGACCCUUCAGAUUCUAUCUAUAUGGAGGUAGAGCUCAGAAGGCUGUCCUAUCUCAAAGAGAAUCAAAUUUUGGAAGAUGGACGAACCCUUACCCCAGAAUCAAGCAAGAGAUACCUUCGACGAGAGAGACAAAUGUUGAGCAGACAAAUGGAGAGGAAGUUGUCAAAAUCUGAAAGAGAGAACAUGUAUUCAAAGUGGGGUAUUAGUAUGAGUUCAAAUAAUAGGAGGUUGCAAUUGGCUCAUCGCCUGUGGUCAGAACCAGACAUAGACCAUGUUAGAGAGAGUGCCAACAUUGUUGCAAAGCUGGUUGGUACAGUUGAGCCAGAUCAGGCAUUCAAGGAGAUGUUUGGCCUCAACUUUGCACCACGGCGCAGAAGAAAGAAAUCUUUCGGUUGGACGUCCAGUAUGAAGAAGCAUAUUUUGUGA